AUGGCGGAAAAUUCGUCGAAAGACAUUUAUGAGAGCUUCAAUUUGUAAGAUUAACUUCCAAAAAUUAAGAAGAUGUUUUUGCUGCAGAUACAUUCAUCCGGACAAAUUUUUCCUUGAGCCGCGAGAUUUGAAUGGCGGCAGUUUGUCGAAUAACUACCUGGAAAUCGAUCGCCACACAAAUGCCAUGAAAAUUGGAGGUCUCGGGAUCACCGUGAAUUUAUUUUUCAAGAUAAUAUCGGUUUCAGACAUUCGUGAGACUCGAAUUCCUAUCAUAGACUCCGAAAUCAAAUUUAUUUACGGCAUCGUGGGCACAAUUCCAGUCGUUUCAGGUUUUAAAUAUUUUUAAAAAAAUAAACUUGAUUUUUUUGGGCAUGGCGAUGCUGGUUAUAACUAAGGCGAAUAACGUAGGAAAGGUAAAACAUGUUGAAAAUUGUAAAAAUAAAGUUAGUUUGACAGAUUAAUAAGCAUAACGUCUGGGAGAUCCUCCAAACGGAAUUGAUCGCUUUUAAGAAAACCACGCUUCAUUUGACGGAGAAACAGGUUUUUCAUUUUAUAUUUCAAGCUUUUUGAGACUUUUGAGCCUUGCAAAACAAAUAAUUUUUCAAUGCGGAAAAAAGGAUAUUUAGAUCCGUUACAACCGUCUUUUUUCGGACAUGGUGACCUAUGUGAUGGCGAUCGGUGGAUUUUACUAUUCCACAAGUUUGGACAUCACCAGGACCCUUCAAUGGCUCCACGAAAAUGAUGGACCGACCUUCCGGGCCAGUAGUAUGGCCGAUAAUGUUCGUUUUCUGAAGAAUUGUGCAUUUCCAAGGAUAAAAUGUUAUACCCAGGCCUUUUUUAGCGAUUUCGAAAAAAGAGAAAAAGUUGGUUUAAAACUCUAAAAAUUGAUCACUGAAAAAAGAAGAAGUAAAAUUCAAAUAUUCACUUUUUAUGAUCGAGAAACUUGAAGAUUUCUCAAAAAUUGAUGCGGUAAAAAUGGAAUACCAUUUCUUGAAUUUCUUCAUUUUUCCGCCCCUUUUUGAGCAUAUUCUUUAUUUCGAACUUGUUCAGGUGUCUUUUAACUUUGAAAGUGGCUUCAAACGAUUUUGAGCUUAAAUAUAGCUGGUUCGAGCGAAAAAAAGGAUCCUGACACGAAGAAAGAAGAGAGAGUGCUUGGUUGGAGGAGAGCGCAGACAUUCCACGUCUUCUCGCGCCCCAAGCUACCCGCGAAUCGGACAUGAUGCAAUGUAUCGAGAAAAUAAAACAAAAAUUUUCAUUUUUUCUUUUUCUCGAGUCAAACUCUAUUUUCCUCAUUUCCUCUUGUUUUCUAGUGAUUCCAUUGGAAUACUGGAAACAGAAGAAUGAAAUAAUUUUUCUUUCAGGCCAGUGAACGAUUUGUUUGGAAUGGACACCUUCUCAAGCAGAUUCGCGCCACCGCUGGGGUUCUAAAGACCUAAAAAAGGAACUUUCUGAAAUGAAUUGAUUUCAGACGGAACGUUUCUGCCUCCCCGUCAUGCAUGGGUUCUUCGGCCAAACUCGUUCCACAAUUAAUAACAGAACUUUCAAAUUGACGCUGAUCUCGAGGAGGAGUAUUUACCGGUGCGUGAGAAAAGUAGCCUCUGAGACAAGGUGCUCCAUUGAUGAAUUAGAGAAAACUCGAGAACAGACAAAAAAACAUUGAUCUUCCAAUUUAUAGGUUGAAAGGCAAUCACAGGAGUAAAGAAAAACUCUUUCAAUAAUAAGUUUGCUUUCGGUUGAGCUUUUUUUGCGAUCUGUUGUGAAAAAAAGAUCAAAAUCGUUUAUAGAAGAAAUAGCCUCGCAAAAAGGUACUCUGUUGAGAAGAAAAAAAUAGAAAAAAAGAUAUAUUUGAAGAGUCUUUUUUUUGCUCAUAAAGAGAAGAAAGAAUAUCGCUUUUUGAUAAAUUUUCAUUUUAAGAGGACAGAAAGGCUUGGAAAAUAAUGAUUAUGUUAAGGAUUGUCAUGUUUCAGAAGAGUUUUUUUUUUGAAAGGUAAAUAAUAAAUUUGUUUUCGGUUCAGAGCCGGAGUUCGGUACUACAAACGAGGCGUUGACGUUGACGGUCAUGCGGCGAAUUUCGUCGAAACUGAGCAAAUCGUCGAAUUCGAAGGCCAAAAUCAGGAUCGGCAUAUAACCUCGUUUGUUCAAGUACAUUUUGACACACCAAGUUACGAAAAAACCCCGAAGAGAAUACAGGACAGUUUCCUUGUUUUCAUUCAAAUGUUAGGUCAAUUCUCAUUAUUUUCAUAUAAUGACGCUCUUAGCAUUUUCUCAAAACAGCCGUGUUUUAAAGAUCCGCGGUUCGAUCCCCUUACUCUGGACCCAAAAGCCAAAUCUUCGAUGGCAGCCGACGCCGAAAAUGAAGCCGACCGACGACCAAUUGGCAGCCUUCCAAAAAAGCUUCUCCUGGCACCGAAAGCACUACGGCGGCAAGCAUGUUUGUCCCUCAAGUGGCCAUUCGAAAACUUGGCCAUCUCCAGGUUAUCGUCAACUUGAUCAAUCAAAAGGGCCGCGAAAAGAAAAUCGGCAGCGAAUUGGAGCGCGUUUGUCAGCAGGCGAAUAUUGACUUUGUUCGGCAAGUUUUCUGAAAAGUGGCUAUUGAAAAAGAAAAAGAAAGGUUUAGGAUUCACGGUCCUAAAGAAUAGACCCUAAACCCUAUUAGAACCCCAGUUCAUACCCGCCAGAGGGGGAGAAAUGGCGCUCCUAAGCGUUUUCAAGCGUUUACAUUUCUAAACCGAAGUGGCCGCCAUGGCCAUUUCUUGAUAAGUCGCUGCCCAGGGCGCCCGGGGCCAAAACCGCGAUGGCAGAAAAAUGCCAUUGGAAGAAAAAGUACGCGCAAAAAUUGGAAUCUUCUAAAAUCUUGUAAAAUCGUUGUUUUCGAAGCUUUAGAACAAAGUUUUUUUGAAUUUCCAAUUUGGUGGCGACGGAAAUUUAUUCUCUCACUAGUCAGCGGGUUCGUAACCAUAAAUCUGGAACAUUUCGCCUAAAGAAAAAAACAAAUAUAACCGUAGUUCACAUAAAAAAAUUCAACUAGUCAUCAUAUCCACUGAAAAAUUAAAAAAAUUAUUGAAAAACUGCGAAAUCCACGAUUUAAUGAAAAAUGAAUAAAAAUGACCAUUUUCGCCCUACUUUUGCAACGUGGUAUUAUACGCCAUCGACACAUAAUGACGCGGUAUUCCGCAAAAGUUAGCAAAACGUGACAAUUUUGACGCAACUUCGUUCAAGGUCUUUUUUUUUGCAAAAGUUAAAAGAUUUCUUCAAAAGAAUCGAUUAAUGUUUCUUCUGGAAGAGAGAAUGAGAAUUUGAUUUGAUGAAAAUACUCAUUUUUCGUUUUCUAUCGUUGAAAAUUGAUCAUUUUUCAGUUAUCAACCCUUCGAUUUCCACAAAGAAUGCCAUGCCGGGCGUUGGGAUCGACUUUCUUUGCUCAGAGAUAUGCUCGUUCCUGAACUUCAUGAGUUUGGGUGUGUAUCAAAAAAAUAUUGAAAAAUAAUUCGAAAUCAUUGAAUAAAAUGGAAAGGAAGAUGAAGAUGGGACCAUUUUCCGAUAAGAAAAAUAAGGCGAUUUUUCCUCUUAUAAAUAAGUUCAUUUUACUUUGCGCUGGGAUUUUUCUGAAAUAUGGUCAGAUCACUUCUUUAUAUAUAGUCCAUUCGCCGCGACUUGACAAUUUCGAGUGCCUGCGUCUCUCUGUUCCCUCACCGGCGAGGCCAGGGAAACAUAAAAAUAGACCGGCAACAGGAGAAGGCCACCGAAAUUCGAGGAGGUCGCAGAAAAUAAAAAAUAUGCAAGAUGAAAAAAUGCUGGAUCUCUCAACUUGAACAACUUGGUUUUUGAGAAAAGUCGAAGAGAAACCUCAAAAUCCGUUGAAAUGAGCCAUUUUCGGCUUUGAGUCCCUCUUUCUCGAAUACUGGGAAGUUUUGCAAGUUGAGACUUUCAGGAUCUUUUCCUGGUAUGUUAAGGAGUGUCUGGCCAUGGAAUUCCUAGCCGCAAAGUGAAAUAAAUUUCCUUAUUAAAGAUAAUUUUUAGUGUAAUAAUUUUUUCUUCAGCUACUACUACUUUGAUCCGAAAAACUCAGUUGGUUCUGGCAUGCAGACGGGAUUUUUCCGAACGAAUUGCAUUGAUUGUCUUGAUAGGUAACUUUUUUCCUUCAUUUUUUGUGUGUCUGUAUCGAAUUCCUUGCUUAUUCCGAGCGAGAACGUGUUUUCCAGAACAAACGUCGUGCAGGCCAUGUUGGCCCGCGUUUCUCUGACCACUCAACUUCAAAAACUUGGAAUCAUAAGCGAAGAUCAACGGGUGGAGACGAUUCCCGAGUUGGAGCACGUCUUCAAGCAUUGUGAGGGGUUUUCUAACAUUUUAAUGUAGGGAAAGUCGAAAAUAGAGAAAAUAUUGUUGAAAUUGGUUGAAAUCGAACACAAAAGAGAAAAAUGGUGCAGAAGAAAAGCUUGAAAUAUAUGACUUUUUCUACAUUACUUCCAUAGACAACCUCUCUUUCAAGUUCAGAGCUUUUAAUUUUCAAACUCGGUUUGUCAACUUUAUUAGGAAAAUUUUUUUGAACUAUUGAUCGUUCCUAAAGAGUGAUACUCCUGCAGUGUAGGUUAAUCGAAAACUCUUAGCAGCUCAUUUUUUAUCGAGUAAUAAUAAUUCGUUUUUCAGUCAAUUUCAAGUAACCUUUUUUUCGAAAACCUUUUUAACUACUUUUUUGAUGUAAAAUUAUCGAAAAUAUCUCAAUUUUUUCCUUUUUCAGUGUGGGCGGAUAAUGGCGAUCAGUGCAGUCGGCAGUAUGCCGGUACCGGCGCUUUGAAGGUCAGAAGAAGAAUGUAGUUUGAUCUUCAAAUGAUCCGUUUGUUUUCAGGCCGACUUCACCCGUCUUGGUAGGAGGACCUAUUAUGGAGCCAUGAACGACGGCGUCAAUGCCGUGACUCGCUAUUUCCGCAACAACUUCAUUGAUGGCUAUCGACAGGUUUCAGUUUUCAAUGAACAAGAAAACUGAUUAAGGAACUAAUCGGGCUCGGGGAAGGGUAUUAAGAUGAAACUUCAGUGGCUUACCUAGGAAAACGCUUUGAAAAUCUCACGGAAAGCCCUUCAAAACACCAUAUGGAAGAAUAUUUUAAAAUCUUUUCGCGAGCUCCAAAAAUCUUGUAAGACAAUUCAGAAGUAAUAAAAAAGUUUCUUGGCCUAAACUGGGCGGCUGAGUUGCAAUCUCACGAAAACUUCCGAGAAAACAUUACUUUUAAGGACGCCAUCGACCUGUUCCUGGGCAAUUUCAUCAUUGAUAACUCGAAUCUUCCGUCCGCCCUUGAAGUUUCGCUUUUUUCCACUAAUCAGGUAUGGAAUUUCGAGGUAGAUGUAUAGUUUAGUCAAGACUUUAGGUAGUCCCAAAAACUCUUCAAAAAAAAAAGAACGAAAAUGGCUUCAAAACAUGAUUUUUGGAAUCUCGUUUUUUCUUUUAAAAAAGGUUUUUUUUGGGCCCAACUUCUAUAUGAUGGCUUGAGCUUUGUAGUGUGAUUGACGACUAGAUUUUGUCCCUUUUUUUGAAAUUCAUGAAUGAUUUUUGAACUUCAGAACGGUGUCGCUUUGAUUGGCGCCAUGUGUGCGAUGGCGAUGACGGUUCUUUGCGUCCUUGUCGCAGGUUUCUUAUUUAUUUCUGAUUUUUCAAUUGUCCCCAGUUCACAAAGGAAUAACAAAGCGGAUAUUUUGUUGAGAAGCUGUAAGAAAAAGGCAAAAAAUGCAAUUUUUCCAAGCGAUUCGUCGUUUUAUACUACAUUUUCUUCACAGAAAACGUGACGGCGACGAUUUUCUGGCUAAUCGUUUUUUUCAUCUGCCUCCUCUUCAUUUUCAUCAACGGCGAAGAGUUCGUCAACGCCCCGAAACUGAAAAUCGAUUGA